CAACAACAGCACAGAAAACCCCACAGGUCAUAGACAGCGGAGCUCCCUCCAGUCUCCAUCCAAUAACACGAGCUAACCACCGCCCAACCGAAACCGGGCCCCACCGGUCUCCCCGUCGCCACGUACGCGGCCGGAGCGCCCUAUACAAGCGCCACGUCGAUCGCCGACUCGCCGUCGCCGCGUCCCCCACGGCUCUUCCUUCAUCCUCCGGCGAGCUAUAAAUCCCUCCCGCCGACGCCACCCCCAUGGCAUCCCGCGGUUCCCCUUCCUCCUACUCCUCCCCGAGGACCCCGACGUCGUCGAAGGCUAACCCUUGGCCCGCGCCCUCCGCCCCGCCGCUGUACCCGACGCUCUCCAUGGCCGACCUCGCGCCCGUCGAGAUAGGGCCCGCCUCGUCGCCGACGGCCUCGGAUGACUACAACGCGCCUCCGCCGUCUGAGGACGUCCUCCUCCGGGUCCCCGGCGCGCGGCUCCACCUCGUCGACCGCAGCCGCAGCCACCCGCUGGCCGCCGGCGACCUCUCCCUCCUCCGCAUCCGCUCCGGCGACACCUCCCUGGCCGCCAUCGCGCUGCUGGGCCCGGUCCAGUGGCCGCUCGCGCGCGACGUGGCCGCCGUCAAGCUGGAUCCCUGCCACUACGCCUUCUCCCUCACCGUGCCGGCCUCCGCCGACGACCCCAGCCCCGACCCGCUCCACUACGGCCUCACGCUCUCCCGCCCCGAUGUGCGCCUCGACGGCGUCCUCGCUGCCUACACCAGCUUCUCCGUGCACGCCGUGGUCGGCGCCGGGCAGCUGGAGGCCAGGGUGCGCGACGAGGCCGAGGCCGCCGCGUACUGGACGGCCGUCGCGCCCAACGUGGAGGCGUACGGAGGCGCGGUGGCCAGGACCAUCGCCACGGGCGCCGAGCACCUCGCCAAGGGGAUACUGUGGUGCGGGGAGGUCACGGUGGAGAGGCUCCGUUGGGGCAAUGAGGUCCUCAAGAGGAGGAUGCAGCCUGGCGACGCCAACGCCGAGGUCAGCCCCGAGAUGCUCAGGCGAAUCAAAAGGGCUAAGAGGGUGAGCCAAAUAUCUGAGAAAGUGGCGACUGGGAUUUUGUCCGGAGUGGUGAAGGUCACUGGUUACUUCACAAGCUCUCUGGCCAACUCGAAAGCUGGCAAGAAGUUCUUCAACAUGUUGCCUGGAGAGAUCGUUCUUGCUUCGCUUGACGGAUUUGGGAAGAUCUGCGACGCCGUGGAGGUGGCCGGAAAGAACGUUUUGUCCACGUCGUCAACUGUGACGACCGGGCUAGUAUCUCACAGGUACGGAGACAAAGCCGCCGCCGCAACGAACGAAGGGCUGGACGCCGCCGGGCACGCCAUCGGGACGGCAUGGGCCGUGUUCAAGAUCCGGCAGGCCUUGAACCCCAAGAGCGUCCUCAAACCCACGGCGCUGGCCACGUCCACCAUCAGGGCCAACGUUGCCGAGCUUCGCGCGAUGCACGGCAGCAGCAAGUAGCUCGCGCCUGCCGUCCCUGUUUCGUAAAAACUCUAUUAUCUCGCUCUGUCACGACCAACGAUGCACUCGCUGCUUCCAGCAGCAGCGUUGGCUGUUGCCUGUUGGCCUGUAAAUUCGUGUGGCUGAAACUGGGAAAGCCGGGAACUGAAAGGCUUACCGCUUCCGCUUUGUUAGUGAUGCUGGUGAUGUUCUAAGAGCUUUUACCACUGCUGUGCUGCUGCGUUGGCUUG